AUGUUAAGCGACAAAGAGUAAGUAGAGUUCUUGGGUAAAAAACCACCAGCAUGUACCAAAAGCACAAUAGAGAAGCUUAUGAUGAACUUUUAACAAAUUUCCAGGAACAUUGAUGAUUUAGAUUAGGAUUUAAAUCAGUUGGCUAAACGCCUUGAUUAUUUGGAAGAAUCAAUCACAGAACAUUACACCCUCGUUUAACCAUAAAAAUAAGAAACCAAAAAAAAACGUAGAACUGCCAACCUCAUCAAAAGAGAUUUUUAAUGUCCUUACGAAAAAUGUGACAAAAUAUAUGGAACUGACAUUUCAUUGAAUUUGCAUAUAAGACUAAAACAUAAUGGAGGAUCAAAAAUUGAAAGAGAAGAAUUAGCAAAAAAAAUAUUAGAAGCAAAAUUUCAAGACGAAGUAGAGCCAGAACACAGUUUUAAUCUGCCUCCUAAUUUCAUUGAAGAUUUCUACAUACACCAUCAGGAAUAUAUAAAUAAUUUAGAAAAAGCUUACAAUAAGAAAAUAUUACUUUGA